GCGGGCCCGCAGCCGGGCGCCCCGCACAACCCGCGCCAGCGGCCGCCGCACCCAGCCGCGCCGGCGAGGACAUGGGCAGCCGCGGCGCGCCCGCCCCCCGCGCCGAUGUGAAUUAUUAAAGAGAAAAUGGCCCAACGGAGCACUGUAUUUCCUUCUCUUGUCACCGAGGAAAGGUAUAAUAUAUGGAAAAUAUGCAUCUAAGGCGAGUUAGAACUAUGCCCCGACACAGCCAGUCCCUGACCAUGGCACCCUACACAUCCGUAAGCCUAGUGGAACAGCUGGAAGACAGGAUCCUCUGCCACGAGAAAACCACGGCUGCCCUGGUGGAGCACGCUUUCCGGAUCAAAGACGACAUUGUCAGCAGCUUGCAGAAAAUGCAAAACAAAGGGGGAGGUGACCGCUUGGCCAGGCUCUUCUUGGAGGAGCACAUCAGAAACAUCACUGCCAUAGUGAAGCAGCUUAAUCGGGAUAUUGAGGUACUCCAGGAGCAGAUCCGUGCCCGGGACAACAUUAGCUAUGGAACUAAUUCUGCCUUAAAGACCCUGGAGAUGCGGCAGCUCUCUGGCCUGGGAGAUCUUCGGGGAAGAGUGGCCAGAUGUGACGCCAGCAUAGCCAGACUCUCUGCAGAGCACAAAACGACCUAUGAGGGGCUCCAGCACUUGAACAAAGAGCAGCAAGCUGCCAAACUUAUCUUGGAAACGAAAAUCAAGGAUGCAGAGGGACAGAUUUCUCAGCUUUUGAACAGAGUGGACUUGUCAAUAUCAGAGCAAAGCACCAAACUGAAGAUGUCGCACAGAGACAGUAACCAUCAACUUCAGCUUUUGGAUACUAAAUUUAAAGGUACAGUUGAAGAGCUCAGUAACCAGAUUUUAUCUGCACGGAGUUGGUUGCAACAGGAACAAGAACGGAUAGAAAAAGAACUUUUGCAGAAAAUUGAUCAGCUUUCCUUGGUUGUUAAGGAAAACAGCGGAGCCAGUGAGAGGGACAUGGAGAAGAAGCUCAGCCAGAUGUCAGCCAGACUGGACAAAAUAGAAGAAAGUCAAAAGAAGACUCUGGAGGUCCAGAGGACAAGGCAAGAAGAGGAGAAGGUACAUGGGCGCAUCAGUAAGCUGGAGCUGCAGAUGAACGAGGACCUGAAGGAAAUGAAAGCGGAAGUUGAUGCAGGGUUUACAGCCAUCUAUGAAAGCAUAGGAUCCCUCAGGCAAGUUCUUGAAGCUAAGAUGAAGCUGGACAAGGACCAGCUACAGAAGCAAAUCCAACAGAUGCAAAAGCCAGAAGCUCCCAUGUGAAGACUUGGGACAAGGACCUCAAGGGGGUUUUACCAGUGGGGCUCAGAACUGGAUACCUCUGUAGUCAGACUGCUGCUGCGUUCAGGAUUGUUCUCUUCAUGGCGUGCAUGUGCCAAGAAAUGUGUUUUCAUGGGUCUAAAUGUUUACCUUGAGUCUUGAAAACACUCUCUUUAAAAGUAUUAAAUACAAAUUUUUUACCACUUUUUUCCACUUCUCUAAAUUCAAUGGAAUAUUCUCUCCACCCUGGAUUAUUAUUAUUUUUUGUCUUUUUAUAGCCGCACCUGUGGCAUAUGGCAGUUCCCGGGCUAGGAGUCAAAUCCAAGCUGCAGCUACCGGCCCACCGCACAGCCACAAAAAUGCUGGAUCCGAGCCACAUCUGUGACCUAUGCCACAGCUUGCGGCAAUAUGGGAUCCUUAACCCACUGAGCGAGGCCAAGGCUCGAACCCACAUCCUCAUGGACACAAGGUUGGGUUCUUAACCUGCUGAGCCACAACGGGAACUCCAUCCACACUGGGUUUUGAAAGGCUUUUAUCCCCUUCAUUUUAUGAAUGAAAAGACUUAAUUUUCCUUCAGUGCUUGAUGCUCUAGCCAAGACUUUACUCUUUUGGGAAAUGUCACAGUGAUCUUUUAAAUUUUUUAAAUUAAGAAACUAAUGAAUUGUCACAGGACUGUGUUGCUCCUCACCCUAAAUUAAGAGAAUGCCCUGAUAGAUUAGAAUUCAACUUUGAGUUCAUAUUUGGAUUGUAUUAUUAUUGUCCGUGCAUUUCAUUUAUUGCUUAUCUUCUUGUAAAUCUGUCUUUUGUAGGGGGAGGGGAUUUAACAGUUGGAAAGAAAAAAACCCUAUCAUUUAUGCACUUAAAAUAGUUUAAAAAUUGAUAACUGCCAUAUAGAUUAUAAAUUAAAAUGGACAGUUGAUGAUUAUCUAGAUAAUGCAAGGCACAAUAUCUACACUGACCACCUAAUUACACUAGAUUUUAAUACUGAAAACUUUUUGCAAUUAUCCACAGCCAUAUAUUCAGUAAUGGAUGGUGGUUAAUAGCCUGUUUAUUGCAUAAUGAAUUGUUCAUUCAUCAUAAUGGGAUGUCAGAAUUUUUCAGGCAUUCUGAUCUACUCUCUAAAUUUUUCCAAAAUUGGCACAAAGUGCUAAGAUUUAUAUACACUUAUUGUAACUUGUAUUCUUGUGCCUUGGUUUUAUCACCUCAAUGCACUGUACCCUAUAAAAGUUUUGCAAAACUAAACAAAAUAGAAGGCAUGAUAAUACAUCAGAAUUACGAUGUAAAAAUGGGAUCCUAUGUAUUUUUUAAAUGUUUUAAACUUUUUAUCACUGUUAAGAUGUUAAUCAUUCAGUAUCAUUAAUGGAAUAGAAAUUCAUACUUUUGUAUGGCCAGAAAAUCAAAUUGAUAUUGCAUUUAUAACAAUGUCAAGAAAUGUUCAUUUUGCAACUUCAUAGAUGGCAGCUGUUUUAUUUUCAAUUGCCACAUUUGAUUAGUCAUUGCAAAUUGGCACCAGUGCUAUUUGUUGACCUAUGUAUGUAAAAACUAAUAGUGAGACACAUGCCGUUCUGAAUUGUGAGGAUGCCCAGGAAAAAGAAAGCAGGAAUUCUUUGAAAAUUAAAGAAAAAAAAAUUUUUUUUUUUGUCUGCCAAGGACUCAGGAAAAUUAAAGCAUUUUCUAUUUUAGGAUAAAUCAUAAAUGAAAUCUCUUAACUGGCUAUUACUGUUUACCCAUAUAGAUUAUGCUGCUAAAGUGCUCAAGAGUUUACCCUCAGUGGCUUGACAACAUUUUUUUUUUAAUUUGGACGUGAGAAGUCAUAUAAGGAAAAUGUCAUCCAACACGUAUUUCCUUAUUUUGUCACAGAUCUUUGCCUCUCCACAUAGGAAGACGGUGUUCACUUAACAAUGAAAGAACAAAAAGGUUAAUGCUCUUUUGCAAUCAGAAAGUGAGCUUCUUUUUGGGACAGAGUAAACGUGUUUAGUACAGUUCUCCCAGUUUAGGCACAAGCCACAGCACCCAGUGCCACGGCCCCUCCAGUGUCCCUGUCCUCUGGGGUGUCUGAGGAGGAAGAGUCAGCACAUAUCCCACCUGGGAAGAGGGGGGCAGAGGACAGCAGCUGGUCUCAGGUCAAGGGGUGAUGUGAGCCGGUGAUGCUUGGCUGUCAGCUGAAUCGCUCUGGUGCUUCUGAUGCUGCCACCCCCACAUCAGGAGCGCCGGCGGGGGUUCACCACCCUGGCUGCAAGUUGGAAUCACCUGGGAAGUUCUAAAAGCUACCGAUGCCCAGGCUGCCCCCCAAACCAACUAGGUCAGAGUCUCUGGGAAGGGAUCAGGUGGCAGCAUGUGUGAGAGGGCCCUGGGUCACUCAUGGGUUGUGAGCCCCCAAGCUACCGUGUACUCUUAUCACCAAAGUUUAAAGGAGAAUCAGCUUCCCUGUAACUUUCCCUUACCAGAAAUUUGCAAUAAAAAGAAUAAAACUUCCAAA